AUCGACGAACAUAAAAACAAAUAUUUGGGUUUUUAGAGUUCGAUACUUGAAAUCUUUUUUUGGUUGUUGAGGAAUCGAAGUAGAAGAGCAUAAAUGGGUGUUAGAGAGAAGGAUCCGUUAGCCCAAUUGAGUUUGCCACCGGGUUUUAGAUUUUAUCCGACAGAUGAAGAGCUUCUUGUUCAGUAUCUAUGUCGGAAAGUUGCAGGCUAUAAUUUCUCUCUCCAAGUCAUCGGAGACAUCGAUCUCUACAAGUUCGAUCCUUGGGAUUUGCCAAGUAAAGCCUUGUUUGGGGAAAAGGAAUGCCAUGGAAGCUCCAAGUUGGAUGAUUGGGUAUUGUGUCGAAUUUACAAGAAAACAUCUGGAUCUCAGAGACAAGCUGUUACUACCCCGGUUCAAGCUUGUCGUGAAGAGCAUAGCACGAAUGGGUCGUCAUCGUCUUCUUCGUCUCAGCUUGACGACGUUCUUGAUUCGUUCCCGGAGAUAAAAGACCAGUCUUUUAAUCUUCCUCGGAUGAAUUCGCUCAGGACGCUUCUUAACGGGAACUUUGAUUGGGCUAGCUUGGCAGGUCUUAAUCCAAUUCCAGAGCUAGCUCCGACCAACGGACUACCGAGUUACGGUGGUUACGAUGCGUUUCGAGCGGCGGAAGGGGAAGCGGAGAGUGGGCACGUGAAUCAGCAGCAGAACUCGGGCGGGUUGACUCAGAGUUACGGGUAUAGCUCGAGCGGGUUUGGUGUUUCGGGUCAAACAUUCGAGUUUAGGCAAUGAGAGGGAGAGUUUACUGAUGGGUGAAAAAAAGUAAAAAAAGGAAAGAAAAAAAUAGCCUUGGAGAUGGUAGAGUGGCAAUUGAUGUAAAUAAUAGGGAUAUUUAUGG